UCUGAAACUCCUCUCUGUAUAUAAUUCUCGCCUCCGACUAGGAUUGGGGUUUGCUCGCGGCGGAAGCGGGAGAACGCGACGAGGGCGGCGAAUCGAUCCGAUCCUAAUGGCGAGGAUUAAGGUCCACGAGCUUCGCGGGAAGACGAAGGGGGAGCUUCAGAACCAGCUGAAGGACCUCAAGAAUGAGCUCUCCCUCCUCCGCGUCGCCAAGGUCACGGGCGGCGCCCCCAACAAGCUCUCCAAGAUAAAGGUGGUGAGGCUGUCGAUCGCGCGGGUGCUGACAGUGAUCUCGCAGACGCAGAAGGCGAAGCUGAGGGAGGUCUACAAGAAGAAGAAGCACAUUCCGCUCGAUCUCCGCCCCAAGAAGACUCGAGCCAUCCGCCGCCGGCUAACCAAGCAUCAGGAGUCUCUGAAGACUGAGCGUGAGAAGAAAAAGGAGAUGUACUUCCCAAUGAGAAAGUAUGCCAUCAAAGCUUAGAUUGGAAUGUUAGACGAGUCCAAUCAUGCUUUCUAUCGAUUACUAUAUGGUUUCAUAAUUCGACUUCUGCUGUAUGGAUUAGUGUACAACACUAUGGUUGGGUUUUGCACUUGAAAAUGGCUGAGCAACACUCGCAAGAUACAGUGUGUUUGAUUGCUGAAUCAUCUGCUUAUUCUAACAUUCAAUUGGUCAUUACAUGGCA